AUGUGUAAAUUUCAUUCAAUAAUGAAAAUUAUAAUAAUUUUUAUCAUAGUUUUUGUAUUAAACUUUACAAUCGUUAACUGUUUGCCAUCAAUGGGUAUGAAUUUUGACAUUAAUAGUGUGGAAACUACUGGCCAUAAAAUGUUUGAAAAAUUAAACACAAAUACCACUACUAAUGAUAUUAAUUGGACUAAAAAUGUUAACAAAAAAAGUUUUAAAAAUAUUGAAAACCAAUCGCCGGCUGAUUACAUGCCGUCGGCGGCACCGACGGUGGCGGCGGUCAUCAAAAUCGAUGGCAACGAUACGGCCAAACAUUUGAUGCCCGACAAAGACAACAACAACAACAACCAGCAAAAUGUCAAACAAGCCGUGGAAAUGGCUGCCAAUCAGGCUAUCUGGUCAUUGAAUCGGGCCAUCGACAGUUCAAUGAACAAGGGUUUCGGUCUACCCUACCCGCUGGCCGCCCGACUGGUACGGGAACAGGCCAUCAAAGCCAAAGAACAGGCCAACGAUGAACUGCAGAAAAUUGUCGAUCAAAUAGUACAGUCGGCGGCUGUCGCCGACACCGAUGAUCGGCACCGAGUAUUGGCCAUCCGUUAUGAGGCUAAUAAAGCCCUUGAUUUGGCUAUGGAUGCCCUGGAAAGUGCCCGAUCGCUGGCCGUGAAAGCGGCUCUCAGAAAAUUUACCGAAGAGGGAACCGCCAACACAUACAGCGGAGAACAACAACAACAACAACAGACACCAUCAUCUCAACCAACUUCUUCUUCAUUGUCGACAUCGAUGACCAGUUCAUCAAUAAAAUUGGAUUUUAUUUCAUUUAUAAAACAAUUGAUUUACUCAUUUAUAUCCUCCAACUCUAGACUUGCCAUAAGUACAGGAAAAGUGCCGGAAUUGAGUGGCAAGACAUUCAACUUUUCUAUUAGUAAAUAAUUUUUUUUUGUAAUUUUAUUUUUUUUAGCUGACAAACCCAUUGCUCGACAAAAUCAUUUCCCUAUAAUUACCCGAUUAUUGUUUUUUUUAUUGACAAACCAUUAUUUUACUAUUAUUUUAACAAAGAAA